GAGUCGGGAUCGGCGGGGCGCGACCUGCGCACGGACCGGGCCGAGCCGAGCCGAGCCGAGCUGAGCCGAGCUGAGCCGAGCCUGGACAAGCCGAGCCGAGCCGAACCCAGCCGAGCCGGGCUGGGCCGGGCCGAACCAAACCAAACCGAGCCGAGCCGCACGGAGCCGAGCUGAGCCGAACCCAGCCGAACCAUCCCUGCCGAACCGAGAACAGCUCCAAGCAGCCGAAUCCAUCCCUACAGCAGCGCACCGAGCCCGUCCCUGCGGCACCGAGCCGAUCCCUAAGGCACCGAACCGGACCCACCCGUACCGCGCCGAGGCCGUUCCUUCCGCGCCCAGCCCAUCUGUUCGGUACCGCACCGAGCCGUGCCCUGCGGCACCGCACCGCACCCUCCGGUACCGCACCCUCCGGUACCGCACCCUCCGGUACCGCACCGCUCUCCGCGCCCGCUGCCCGCAGCCCCGCGCCCGGCGGGACCAUGAUGUCGUGUGCCGAGCUGCUGGCCGUGUGCCUGCUCUCAGCAGAUCGCGGCCCCAAGCCCCACCGCCAGCCGCUGCCCAUCUUCCACGACAUUUUCCGGCGAGCGGACAAGAACGAUGAUGGGAAGCUGUCAUUUGAGGAGUUCAAGAACUACUUCGCUGAUGGCAUCCUGAGCUCGGAGGAGCUGUGGGAGUUGUUCAGUGGCAUUGACAGGCGUCACUCAGAUAACGUGGACACGGAGAAGUUGUGUGAUUAUUUCUCGGCGUACCUUGGGGAAUACAGGAAUGUUCUCUCCGCCCUGGAAACCCUCAACGCUGCGGUGCUGGCAGCCAUGGACAAAACCAAGCUGGCCAGCAGGAGGAAACCAAACCAUUAGGGGUUCCCUUGUCUCCAUCCUUCCUCACUGGGCUGCUAGGAACACGCUGAAGAAAAUAUGCCUUGUCAAGAAGAGAGGGUUUUCCCUCCACAUUCUGUCAUUCCCACUUAUUUGUAAAAUAUAACUUGAUAGCUGUGCU